AUGCCAUUAUCGAUUUAUAAUCACCGUCUACAGUUGUCAAUCGCAUGUGCGUUUUUUCUUUGGAGCAUACUCGUAUGUUCUUGCCACGCCAAAAGUUGGGCCGAUAUUGCCGCCAAUAGGCACAAGGCUCCAACCCUUCUCCAACCAGAAGAAGGCGUAGUCACACCAGAAACAAAGACCACCGCUGACAGUGCAAAAAUUUCCAAGAAGCAGACGCAGAAUCCUUGCGUCUACAAUUGCCUACCAAAGGGCGUUUUUAAGGCAAGAGUAAAGUAUGUCUAUGACGGAGAUACGUUGUGCUUGGUCGAUGGCCGAAAAGUACGUUUUCUGGGAAUUGACACCCCGGAGCUAAAGCCAAUCCAGCCGUUUGCCCUUGAAGCAAAAGAAUAUGCCACUCGUCAUUGUGAUAAGAGGGAGAUUUAUUUGGAAGGAGACUCCACGGAUCGAUUUGGACGACUGCUAUCUGUUGUUUGGACCAAGUUGCCAGAUGGAAGAUACCUGAACGUUUGCGAAGGAUUGGUUGCAGCAGGAUUGGCCACUGUUUAUCAUGUUUCUGGAGACCCCAAUGGAAAGAGCCCGUCCAAGAAAAUGGUAUCUCUUCAAAAUGAGGCUCGAAACACUCCAUUGGGACUAUGGAAAGACUUUGUGGACCGCAAUGUAGUGGUUACAAAGUACGGUGCUGCUUACCACCUACCAACCUGUCGCCAUUUAGCCCGAUCUCGUAACACUCGAGUUCUCACUGCUAGCAAAGCCCUAGACCAAGGACUGCACCCCUGUCGAACUUGCCUUGAGGACUAA